AUGGCUUUAAUUACCGUGUGUAUUCAUCUCUGGCUGCCUACAAUAGCUUCAGGAUUUUCCAUGCGUUUGGUGGAUGAAAGCACUGGCCUACCAACCAAUGCUACAGAAGGGUAUGUUCAGGUGCUUGUUGAUGGAACCUGGCGUUUCUGGGAGAUGCAAACCUUCAGUGUUGCAAAAACGUGGGUAACCUGUAGAGAGCUUGGGUUUACAAGACCAUUUAACUACUUUAUUAAGUUUAAUGCGACUGAAAUAAUACGAAAACCAAUCCAAAAUCAAGCUAUAACAUGUACUGGCAAGGAAGAAAGAUUGAUCGAUUGUCAACAUAGAAGUUGGGAACUAGUGAAUAAAACAGAUGAUUUCCGUCUAGUCUGGGUAAAAUGCGAACCUAAUCCAGAACCUAUAACAUGUGACUCGAAGCCAAUCCAUCUUACUCUCGUUGAAUCGGAAUAUCGUCAUUCUGGAAAAGUAGCGAUAAAACACAAAGAAAAAUGGAAGAUUCUUCGUGUAAAAUAUUGGAACGAGGAGUUAGGUCGUUUGGUUUGCACCACGCUCGGAUUUCCAGGACUAGUAAAGAACUUGGUUCACAGUGAAUAUCAUAAUGUUAAUGGCUAUAACAACUUUGGGUGUGAGAAUAUGAAAGAUAGGUUAGUUUGUUGCCCAACGAAAGCAAAAGAACUUCACUAUUUUCCCUCUAUAGCUCAGGUUGCUCUCAUCUGUGAACAAGAUAUACGGCUCGAUAGUUUACACCAAGAGGCAGUUCAGGUCUACCGGAGUAAAACGUGGUAUUACGCUUGUGGGGACACCUGGAACAUGAAUAAUUCUCGAGCAGUAUGUUCGGAACUGGGCUACAAUAGGAGAUCUGACGUGGAGCAUUAUUUUACAUCGGUUACCGAAAAAACAAAAGUUUGGAGGAAUACCUUCGAGUGUACUGGAAAGGAGAACAAUGUGAAGGAAUGUCGCACCACUUAUCGUCCAACUUUGGCCUGUAAACGUUUAGCACAUGUCAAGUGUAAAGGGAAAUCAAUACGAUUGAGAGGAUUGGAUCGUCCUCAUGCUGGUAGAAUCGAAGCGCUUCAUCAAGGAAUUUGGGGUACAGUGAAUGAUUACAUAAGCUGGACAAGAAAUAAUAAUUUCUCUUUGAGUGAAGCAAAGGUCGUGUGUCGUCAACUGGGUUACCGUGAUGCACUCAAACCGUUAAACAUACAAGAAGUUCCAAACGCAUGGAGGAAGACAAUAUGGACAAAAGAGAUCGGGUGUGAUGGCACCGAAAAUGUUAGGAUUGUUGAUUCUAUGCAUACGAACGAAGGCAGGUUGGAAGUGUAUUAUAACAAUUCAUGGAAAAAAGUAUGCCGGAAAAACUGGACAUUAGUUGAAGCCAAUGUCGUUUGUAAAGAACUUGGAUAUUUAAAUGCAGUACACAAAGGACUAACGGGAAGUUUGCCAAGUACAAAUAAUGCAUAUUUAAGAAAUAGGAUUGGUUGCACUGGAAAGGAAGAAAGGUUCUCCGACUGUGUUCAUGAGGAAAAUGAUGAGGUAUUCUGCAAUGAUGGACCGGUGGAAGUUAAAUGCGACGGCAAAGAAGGAGAUGUUCGCCUCAAUCAACUUUCCGCUCGGUCCCUUGUCGAUUCCAAAGUAAAUUUCAUAACAGAAGUACAGAUAAUGCACCAGGGAAUAUGGGGCAAUGUUGCCGGAGAUAACUGGACCAUGGAAAACGCUCAGGUGGUGUGUCGUCAAUUGAAUAAACCAGGUGUAAAAAGGUUUCAACUGGUAAAAGCAGACAUAUCGAGUGAAGAUACAAUUUUGUGGUUAAAAGAAGUGCGGUGUAAGGGAAGCGAGAAGAAGCUAUUAGACUGUACACGAGGUCCAUGGCUAAAACGGAAGGAUGAAAGUCUAUCAAGCUGGAAAGUUGCUUUGGAAUGCAUUCCAAGUAAGGAAAUAAAGCUAUUAUAAGGACCAAAGCUUUAUCGGCAACAAAUUAAUCACGGUAGAUAAAUUUAGUUAACGCAAAUUAGUCCAAAAAA